UUUCACACAUGCGCAGAUGAAUUUACCGCCGAUCUUUCUCAAGCACUGGAUCUAGAGAAAAACAAGGAAAGAAAUCAUGAUUCGACACAAACUGAGAAAGGGCAUCGUUCGAUCUUCGGUGUUUUUAGCCAGUCAACAUUGGCAAUAUUCUGGAAAUGGGUUUCGUCGUUUGAACCAGCUCCCUGAACAUAUUGUGGAAGAUAUUGGAGAUGGCUCUGGUGUUCCAGAGGUUAUUGUGGAACUGGACCAGUACAGUGCACAAAUGAAUGGGGAAGAUGAUGUGUGCAUGGAAAAUCUAAAGACAUUGUUGGGCAAUCUGAUGAAUUUUGAACCGAGAAGAAGCCAGGAUGAUGCCACUGCAGAUGAAGAGCAAAACAAAUAUGCAGCACAGUUUCUGCAGCAUGGUGGAGUAGAGGUCUUGAUAAGGAUCCUUAUGUUCAACACACUGUUUCCUCAAUCCAGCAAAAAGGCAAAAGUAGGAUAUUGCGAAUCAGAAGUUGUCCUGAGAAUCAAAAGUUUGGUUCUGGAAAUCCUGACAAAGUUCCAUGUCACUUCUAUAGGGGAACAGGUGACGUCCCUUCUGAUGGUGGAUGAUGAGGUCCUGAAUUAUGUGUUCACCCUGCUUGCACACCAGAAAACUUUCAUCAAUGCCUGUCAGCUAAUAGAAGACAUGCUACAGUCCAGGAAAGAAGUCCUUGACCUUCACAGAAUCAAGAAUAUUCGACCUUUGAUACAGUCCCUGUCGGAUCAGCAGCUGGCCAACUUCUGCCGCAUUCUGGCUGUUGCCAUCUCUGAUUUGGAUAUCUAUGAAAACAAAUCUUCCUGUAAGUUUUUAUUUGCACAGAACAAACAAAAGAGAACAAAGGGAUUUGUAAAUGUCCGAGACAUCAACCAAGAGUUACUUCUGGGGAUCCCUGAGCUGCUUCCAAGGCUGGUUAAUUUGGCAGUGUCAAGGGACUACACCCCACGCUACCGAGGGAUGGUCAGUGAACUGGACUGUUGGAUGGAGUGGAUCGAGAACCAGAUGGCCGAGGAAAUGUAUGACAGCCCUUCAUUGGACGACUUCGAAGAUUUUAUUGGAGGAAUCUCUGAGCCCACGACAGCGGGCGGGCCAAUGAACCAACAGCAGGGGCUGAAGAUCACGGAGGAACUGGUACAGAGGGUGGAGGUCGUCUACGUGCUGGGCCUGUUUCUGCUGGGGAAACACCGGAAAAAGGUUCAAAGAAAGUUAGCAGAGUUAAAGCUUGCUCCAGGUCUGAGUGAAUUGUUUGACCAGUUCAUCUGGAAAUGUCAAGUAAGCAGAUACAGUAGCCGCCAUCGUUUACGAGGUCACAAUGCUGCCUGUGAAUGUAGUCCUGAGGUAGCUCUGAAGAUACAAUUUCUUCGACUUGUCCAUAGUUUUUGUGAUCACUCUGACUACAAGCACCUGCUUCUGUCAAAGAAUGAGUUAAAUGAAGUGGUCAGAAUUAACACCAAAGCAGGAUCCUUGGCACUUUCAAAUCUCUCCUCGGUGAACAAACAACUGAUGUGCAAGGGCAGCAAGGGUUUGUUGACAAAGAUUGUGGAGGUGAUGAAGAAGGAACCGACCACAUCAACGUUUCGAUUCUGGCUGGCCAGGGCCGUGGAGAGCUAUCUCAGGGGCAACACAUCUUACUGUGAUCAGGUGUUCCUAAUGAGACGGGGCCUUCUACAGCAUGUAGCAUCCAAUAUCGUGGAACAUGAAAUCAGACACAAGGAAAUUCUACAGAGUAGUUUUGACUUGCUUGGAGAGUUGAUCAAAUUCAAUGUAGAAGCAUUCAAAACUUUUGAGGAAAUUCUUCACACACAACCAAAUUUUGACAAGUUCAUCAACACGGUCAACAGGAAUCUUGUGGACUCCAACAUGUUUAUCCGUAGUCUGGUUCUCUCCCUUGAACACCUGAUGAAUGAGGAAGUGGUGUUUAUGGAUUAUGCCAAGAAGGAGAACAAGUUGUUGAUGUACAUUGGUGACUUCAACCGACAGCUGGACUAUCUGUACAAGCUCAUCAAAAUCAUCAAUGUUCAAAAUCUCACUCAGGAGAAUGUAAGUUGUCUCAACACGACGCUGGUGUUCCUGAUGUUUGCGAAUCGGAAGAACGCCCUGCCUCGCUACCUCCAGGCCCUGCGUGACGAGAAGGAGGACAUGAUGGAAGUCAGCGGCUCCGCCAACCUCCUCCGGAACUUCAGGGAGUUGUUAGUCUUCUGGCAAGACCAUUACCUUCACAAAGACAAAGACUGCAGUGCUCUAGAAAAGAGUUCCAGAAUCAGCUUUGACUACUGGAAGUCCACUGUUUCUACUCUAGUCACAGCCGACAAAAACGAUAAAUGCGGUAUUCUUCACUAUGUUCAGGAACCUAUGAAGUGUGACCGACCUAAUUAAGUAAUUAGUGUGAGAUACUAGCCAAUCAUUCAAGGUUGUUACUGGAUUGACUGCAUGGGCAUUGAAGCCAUUACUGGUUAUGGCUGUUCUUCUUAUAUAAAGGCUCUUAUGCGGGUACUAGGAGCAAAGAGUUGCAUUCUUUCACUUGUGCAAUUACAUACAUGUAUGUUUGAUUUAAACAAGUGCAAUGACUUUGUAAAACAGACAUCCUAAUGGAAGCAAGUGCAAUAUUCAGACCACACGAUGGUGCAAAACGAGUGUAGCUGGUCCUCCUCGGUCAAAACUAAGGAACCAGUUUAUAAGUGAAGUGGACAACAGUCAUUAUUUUAUGCCAUUACUAGCCACUUGCUGGUGAAACACUAAGUUGUGGCAAUCUGUGUUAUAACAAUGGAAUAAUUCUUCUUUUUUUGUCACGGAUUGAAUAUGGCAUGAGCUGAGACAAGGCAAAAACAAAAACAGGCUUUGUGUCAUAGUAUUGUGUUCAUUUUCUCUUCAUAUUUUGACUUGUGUCCAUACUGGGCAACUUCUCCCAUGACAAAACAGAGGAAUUUCCAGUUACAUUUCUUUUGGUUUUUGAUAUGGAGGAAAAGGCAUUCAGUGCUGGAGUUUUAAAUUGUUUUUAACAUUGAUCAUCUGUAUUUUGUUUGACAUUGAGAAUGUGAGGUUCUCAAAAAAAUUGUUGUCACCUGUGUAUUAUAUAAUUUAUUCACACCUGUAUUUAUAUUGUUCUGCACGUUAUGUAUUUUUGUGAAUCGGAGUGAGAAUUGCAUCAAAUUUAAAAUAUUUAUUGUGUGAGUGAAAUUGUGUAAGCAAGUAGAAUUGAUUGAGUAUUGAAGGAGUACAUAUGUAUACAGACAGAGUUCAUCAGAGCAACAUUAUAAGACUGUGUUUGUAAUUUGUGUUAUUUCUUUUUAUGAAUUUCUAUUUUAACAUCUUACCAAAAUCAAUGGGAAAGGUCUUUUAUUUUGAACAUUACAUAAUUCAUUGCAUAUCUUUGAUAAUGGGAUUUCUUAAUAGAAAGUAGAGUUUGUUGACAAGCAAAUGCAAUGAUUGAAGCCAAAAAAUCAAAUAUUUUAUGUUGCUGGAACAAUGUGAUGAUUUAUACGGCUUUUAUUAAUUUUGUCCGUCCAUAAUUUGUUUGAUUUUGAAUCUUACUUUCAUUUUCCAUUUACGCAUUAUUUGUGUGAAGUUUUCCCCACAUAUUGUCAUCAGUUUUUGUGCCAAAAGCAAGAAAUCUCCAGUGAAUGUGUAUCUAUAGACAUGUCAGCCCAAGGCUUUGUGUGAGGAGUGAGGCAUUCUGAGAGUGAAUGAAGUUUGUAAUUGACUCUGUAGAUAGAUUGGGCUUUGAAUGAGGAAAGGAAGCAACAUGCAUCGCAUGCAGGGUUUUCAUAUUUUAUGUUUUACUUUUCAGCCUUGAUGGUAAUUGAUUUUGGCCCCUUUCUAUAAGAUUGAAUUUUUAUGAUUAAUAUAAUUUACGUUGUUUGAGUCGUUUGCAAUAACUUUAAUGAAUUUAUAUCUAGAUUGAAGCUCAUUGAUUAUUUCACCCUAUCAUCAGUGAUCAUAUCACGCAUAUUACCUACCAUUCCGUCAUGUGUGGGAGGGGCCUGUUAUAAGGUGUGAUCUCAGGUAACUGAAGGAGCCAGUAAGUAACUGUAUCUUUGAUAGAUUAUUAGCUUCAGUCAGGAGUUUUCUGUAGUUGUUUUUGUUAUGUCACUUUGAAAUCACUUACGAACAAAAACAAAUGAUGUUUUGCAUUGUGCUUGUUUAUUAAAGAUUUAAAUUUUCAAUUGAUGAAAUUUAGAAAUCAGUUGUAACAUAGGAAAAUUACUUCCGUUUGUGACUAGUUUUCCAGUUUGAGAAAAAAGAUUGUAUCUGAUAGCCAUCAAAUAAUUUGAAUUAAUGAAGGUUUAUGAUUUGUCCCUACUUUGUCUAAUCUUAUCAGACACUUAAUUUUAAAGCUUCGUUUUUUUAAAUUGUGUUUCUACAAAUAUUCAGUUGAAAUAAAAAUGAUAUUUUAGUCAAGUACAGUAUCUAUAUAAAUUUUGCAUUCAUUGACUUAAGAUUCAAUAGAUUGAAAUUCCUUGGUACGUCAUUUGUGUUUUGAGACCCCUUAUAUCAUUUAUGACUGGUCUUUGUUUUAUUCAUCUGGAGAAAAUUAAUUGCAAACAUUCAUGUGUUACUUUAUGAACAUGUUGUAAACACUCUUGAAAAGUAUUCUUUAUUUUUUGCAAAUCCAAAUAUUUAUCGCAUCUGUACCCAUUGAUUGAAACGAAAUGUAUUUGAAGGAUAAAAAUAAGAUGUGAAUGAAAGUGUUGAUGCUUUUUAAUGCUGGUGCGCCUAAUAUAAUUCAACCCCAUUUGUAUUCAGCAGCAUAAUCUUCGAAAAUGUUUUCAUGUCUUGUGUGAUGUGAAAAAAGGAUGUCAUGUUGAACUGAGAAGCGUGACUUUGACGCCCUGUAUAAGUAGAGUCGCGGCGACCGAAUCCUUCUCGGUGCCGGUUUAUGUCAAUGUGAUCUGAUACAAGAAGGCAACACAAGCAUGUCAAGCAGUGACUGCUUUCUUCUUUCAUUUGUAUUGUUUUUAAUGGUAAGAAUGUACUUUUUGUAAAUAAAAUAUUUAUUGUUAACAAUUA